AUGUCGUCAUUGCCGAGGUCCAUGCAAGAUCUGAGGGAGGUUCAGUCGAAACCUAGGGUGCCGUUGGUGAUUAGGAGGCUGUUUAAGUCGCCCCGUAAUCUGGAUUUCGAGGCUGCAAUGUGGGAAAUGGUGCAUUUGAUCUUCAAGCCACGCAAGGCGUUUCGCUCGGCAUACUACCAGCGGCAGAUCAAACAUCGGCUAUCACGAGACGAUCCCUCAUUCUUUAUUCUGCAGGUGAUCCUGCUGAUCGCCACGUCGUUGACAUGGUCCAUCGGGUACGGGCACACAUUCAGUGGUUUUCUGAAGAUGAUGAUCAACAUGAUAUUAGUGGACUUUUUUCUGCUCGGGUUCACGAUGGCGACCUUCUUCUGGGUACUGCUAAAUCGGCCGCAGCUGAAGUUUCGGUCGGCGCAGGACUCGACCGUUGAGUGGGCAUACUGUUUUGAUAUUCACUGCGAUGCAUUUCUAAUAAUCUGGGUUUUGCUGUACUUUCUUCAAUUCCUGCUCCUGCCAGUGAUCAAUCUGCACAGGUGGAUAGGGCUAUUUGUUGGUAACACUCUAUACUGCGCGGCCAUUGGAUACUAUUUUGUGCUCACCUUCUAUGGCUAUAGCCAAUUGUCCUUUUUGAAGAACGUCAAUUUCAUCUUGCUGCCCUCUCUGUUCUGUGUCAUUCUGUAUCUGGUGAGCUUGUUCGGUAUUGAUUUGUCGAACUACUUAAGUUUCUCUAGGUACUAA